AUGGUUCUCUCAAAGCCGAAGGAAGCCCCUGUGCAAAAGCUCUUUGAUCUGACCGGCAAGGUUGUCGCCAUCACUGGCGGCGGGCGAGGAAUUGGUCUCGCUGUCGCUACUGCAUACGCCGAGGCCGGGGCCAAGAUCGCCCUCCUCUACCGCACAACAACAACCACCCCGGAUACAGCACAACAGCUUGCCACAGAAUACAACACAGAGGCCCGCGCCUACCAAGCCGACGUGACCAUCCCUAACGAGAUCUCCGGCGCAAUCGACCAGAUCGUCAAGGACUUUGGCAAGCUCGAUGUAAUUGUCGCCAAUGCGGGUAUCUGUUCCGAACAUGCGGCUGAAGAGUAUACACCCGAGGAGUUCCAGGAGAUCAUGAACGUCAAUGUCAAUGGGGCGUUCUAUACCGCGCAGGCUGCGGCGAGGGUCUUCAAGAAGCAGGGGCUUGGGAAUAUCAUUUUUACAGCGUCGGUUAGUGCGACGCUGGUGAAUACGCCGCAGAGGCAGGCUUCGUACAACGCCUCCAAAGCCGGAGUCCUCCAACUCGCCCGCUCCCUCGCCGUGGAGUGGGUGGACUUUUGCCGCGUCAACUGCGUCUCGCCGGGCUACACACAGACUCAGAUUAUGGAGUAUGCGUCGCAGGAUAUGCUAGAAAAGUGGCUGGCUCAGAUCCCGGCGCGGCGGUUUGCGUCGCCGUGGGAACUCAAGGGGGUUUACCUCUUUUGCGCUUCGGAUGCGUCGAGUUAUAUGACGGGUUCGAAUAUUGUUGUUGAUGGGGGGUUUACUCUGCCUUGA